AUGGCCGAUAAAGGUUCACAGCCGGGCACGACGGUUCAGCCGUUGGUGAAGAUUGGACACUACAGCCUGGGUGCCACCCUGGGCACGGGAUCGUUCGGUAAGGUCAAAAUCGGCGAGCACCAGGUGACGAAGCAUAAGGUGGCGGUCAAGAUUCUGAAUCGGCAAAAAAUCAAAAGCCUCGAUGUGGUGGGCAAGAUCCGGCGGGAGAUACAGAACCUGAAGCUGUUCCGCCAUCCGCACAUCAUCAAACUGUACCAGGUCAUCUCGACGCCGACCGAUAUUUUCAUGAUCAUGGAGUACGUUAGCGGUGGUGAGCUGUUCGAUUACAUCGUCAAGAACGGCAAGCUGCAGGAGUCGGAAGCGAGGCGAUUCUUCCAGCAGAUCAUAUCCGGCGUCGAUUACUGCCACCGGCACAUGAUUGUGCAUCGGGAUUUGAAACCGGAAAACUUGCUGCUCGAUCACAAUCGUCACGUGAAGAUUGCGGAUUUCGGUUUGUCCAACAUGAUGCUGGAUGGGGAGUUUUUGCGCACGUCUUGCGGUUCACCGAACUAUGCCGCGCCGGAGGUCAUAUCCGGAAAGUUGUAUGCAGGGCCCGAGGUCGACAUAUGGUCGUGUGGUGUCAUACUGUACGCAUUGCUCUGUGGCACCCUACCGUUCGACGACGAACACGUUCCGACGCUGUUCCGCAAGAUCAAAUCGGGCGUGUUUCCCAUUCCAGAGUAUCUGAACAAGCAGGUGGUCAGCUUGCUGUGCCAAAUGCUGCAGGUCGAUCCGCUGAAACGGGCCACGGUGGAGGAGAUAAAGAAGCACGAAUGGUUCCAGAAGGAGCUACCGGCCUACCUGUUUCCGUCGCCCGUCGAACAGGACAGCAGUGUCGUGGACACGAACGCCAUUCGCGAGGUGUGCGAUAAGUUUGGCGUGAAGGAGCACGAGGUGCACAAUGCGCUGCUGAGCGGUGAUCCGCACGAUCAGCUUGCGAUCGCGUACCAUCUCAUCAUCGAUAACAAGCGAAUCGCGGAUGAGGCGGCCAAGGCGGAGCUGAAAGAGUUCUACGUUGCUGGAAGCCCUCCGCCACCGGGAGCGGACAGUAAGUUCGGUAUCCCGCAAGGACCAGCAUCCCUUGGCGGAUCGGCCCAAGGAACACCGAACGAACCGUUCAAAUCGCCAUCGAUUCACCCGGAACGUAUUGCACCGCUUCGCGAGCGCCCGGUAACGACGGCCGCUCAGAACGUACCGUCACCCGCACUAAGCAACAUGUCCCCUUCGGCGGUAAUGCCAAUCGACAAGCACCGCGGUACACCGGUCAAGCGUGCCAAAUGGCAUCUUGGCAUUCGAUCACAGUCGAAACCGAACGACAUCAUGCUGGAGGUGUACCGUGCCAUGAAGGCGCUCGAUUUCGAGUGGAAAAUCAUCAACCCGUACCAUGUGCGCGUACGCAAAUACAAUGCGCGCAAUGACAAGCACGUGAAGAUGUCGCUCCAGCUGUAUCAGGUCGAUCCGAAGAACUAUCUGCUCGAUUUCAAGUCGCUCACGAACGACGAGGUGGAGCAGGGCGAUGAUGUGAUCAUGGAAAGUUUGACGCCACCGCCACCGGUCGGUUUCGGAGGGAUGGGCAUCCCGAACCUGCAGCAGCCGAGCGGUCACCAUACGAUGGAAUUCUUCGAGAUGUGCGGUGCCUUGAUAGCGCAGCUGGCACGCUAA